AUGGCUCAAAUUCGCCCUCUCAAGUCUCAUUCGUACUCAAAUUUGGAUGAAGUGACAUUCACUCACCUGAAUUGGGUCCUUGCACUGGAUUUUACGACCCAACAGCUCAUAGGUUCUGCCGAGUAUACCUUCCAUCAUACAUCUACUUCAUCCUCUGCUCUUGUGGUCUUAGAUACGCACCAUUUGAACAUAUCCAAGGCUUAUGUCGAUGACAAGGAGACAACGACCUUCACUCUUGCCGACCCCGUGCACCCCGUUUUUGGACGAGCCCUACUCGUCACGGUCCCGUCUCAUGCUACCAAACUUCGUGUGGACUACACGACCUCUGCCGCUUCCAGUGGGUUACAAUGGCUUAGUAAAGAGCUUACAGCGGGGAAGACACAUCCCUAUUUGUUUACACAAUGUCAAGCCAUUCAUGCACGUACAAUUAUACCGUGUCCGGAUACCCCAGCUUGUAAAUUUACGUAUACUGCAACGGUGACUGUUCCUGAUUGGUGCACGUGUCUGAUGAGUGCAAUUGCUGUUCCAGGAGAAGAAAAGAGGGAUGUUUCUAGUAAAAACGAGACGUACCAAGUCUCUUUUCAUCAAUCUGUUCCCAUUCCUUCCUAUUUACUAGCAAUUGUUGCUGGUAAAUUAGAAAGUGUUGAUCUUGGACCUCGUAGUCGAGUCUGGGCAGAACCGACGGUAGUGACAAAAGCUGCUCAUGAGUUUGCACAGACGGAAGCUUUUUUGCAACAUGCUGAAGACAUUACAGGACAAGAAUAUGUUUGGAAACGAUACGAUCUUCAGGCGAUCGUUCUCUUGCUGAUGUCGUGGCUCACGAGAUUUCCCACUCGUGGACGGGAAAUCUCGUCACGAAUCGAUCGUGGACGGACUUUUGGCUCAAUGAAGGCUGGACAAUGUGGCUCGAACGCAAAAUACAGACUCCGUAUUGCGCAGGAUCCAAAUGCUUACGAUCUCAAGGCUGCAAUUGGUUUGCGUGACCUUGUGGAAGCGGUGGAAGAAUUUGGACCCAUGCACCCUUUUACGGCACUGGUACCUAAUACGGACGGCAUUGACCCUGAUGAGAUCUUUUCGUCGAUCCCGUAUGAAAAGGGGUUUAACUUUUUGCAUUACCUGUCGACGGUAGUUGGAGGUCAUCAAGUGUUUGACAAAUUUGCGCAGGCGUACAUUCAAGAGUUCAAGUACAAGACAAUCACGUCAGGUGAAUUCCGUGCAUUUUUCGAAAAGUACUUUGCCGAACAGACAGAAGCAUUGAGCAAAAUUGAUUGGGAAACGUGGUAUCAUGCGCCUGGCAUGCCGCCUGUUGCAAACAAGUUUGACACGACUCUUACUAGCCAAGCGACGAAUCUAGGCGAACAGAUGACUGCAAACAGUGACUCAGACACGUGGACGAGCGUCAGUCAGGAUGUGCUAAAGAAGUGGCCGGCCACUCUGUGGAUUUUGCUACUAGACACGUUAUUGUUGAAGCAGCAAGACGUGACGUUUACGGCUGCGCAUCUAGAUGUGAUCGAUUCCUUCACACACCAUCACCUGACUACUACGCACAAUUCAGAGCUUCGAUUCCGCUGGUACACGUUAUCUCUUCGCUCGGGCGACUUGCGUGUGCUUGACAGGACUGUCGAGAUGCUUAAGGAACAGGGCCGUAUGAAGUUUGUACGUCCGCUUUUCCGAGACCUAUGCACUGCCCUGGGUGCUGCCCAGGCUGAGGCCAUCUUUGCGGAUUGCAAGAACUUGUACCACCCGAUUGCAGCUAAGAUGAUCCAGCGAGACAUUGAGAACAGUAUCGCGAAGUCUAAAAGCAGCAAGAUGAAGUUCGCGUCGCCGACGACGCCAAGUGCUCUGGCGCAAUGGCUGGGUGUGUCGGACGAGGUUGUGAAUUACACCGCUGUCGCAGCUACCGUUGCGGUGGUGGCACUAAUUGUCAUGUCUCGCCGUCAAUAA